GACCAUCGCUGGAUCAUCCUGUGCUCCAUCAGAGUCAGACCGCGGAUCAGUGUGUGCAGGCAGGCGGGCUCACACACACACGCUCAGCACACCGAUCAGGAAAGGACGAGGAGGGGGGUACAGCAUUUCGGAUUAGCCGCAUCAACUAUGAACAUCCAUAACGUUAAGUAGAAGUAAACGGAGCUCUCACACCAUAAAACGCGUCGAGGAUGAGCGGGACUGCAGCGGCCACAGGAUCGGCUUCUUGCCGUUUCGCCCACUAUUUUGUUGUGUGUGGAGUGGACGCAGAGACGGGCCUAGAGCCGGACGAUGGAGCAGGUGAAAGCUUUGAGCAGAGCCCCAUUCGACGAUCCUUCAAGUCAAAGGUUCUGGUGCACUACCCUGAAAACACGGACAGGAACCCCUUCAAUAAAGAUGCUGUCAACAUGCUCUGUAUGCCAAGGGGUCUGUCUUUCCGCACUCAGGCAGACAGACUCGAUCCUCAGUUCCACUCAUUUACAAUUUCUUCUGACGAUGGCAUGCGUUCCUACGGCUUCGUCCACACGUUCUAUGAGGAGGUGACUAGUCCUCAGAUCAUCACUGCCAUGCAGACUCUCUAUCAGAUGCACCAUGUGGAGCGCCAGUCCUCCUCAUCGGCCUCCUCUCCAUCCUCCUCGUCUUCAUCUGCCUCCUCGCCCUCCACCUCCAGCAUGGACUCUCUUGUGAGCAGCUUGGAUGAGUCAGACGCUGAGUCCCUGGUCGGGGUUUCUGGCUGCCUUGGCUGUGCAGGCUCCUUCGAUCCGGCACGUGACACCCUGUACGUGUCCAAAGCCCUCUGCCUCCUGGCUCCGCUCCCUUUUCUUCAAGCUUCACGACAGUUCCUAUCUCAGCUGCACCAGGCUGUGACAUCACACACGGCUCCACCUCUCCCUCUGGAGAGCUACAUCCACAACAUCCUGUACGAGGUGCCCCUGCCUCCCCCCGGCAGGUCGCUGAGGUUCCACGGGGUGCAGGGGCCCAUCAUGUGCCAGCGGCCUGGGCCGGGUGAGCUCCCACUGGGGGAGUAUCCUCUUGGAGAGGCGUUCUCCCUCCUGGGUGUCGACAAUAUGGUGCAGCUACUUACCUGUGCAUUUCUGGAGACACAAGUCCUACUGUACUCUCAAGACUACCAGCGUUUGAUGACAGUGGCAGAGGGCGUCACCACCUUGCUAUUCCCAUUCCAGUGGCAACACAUCUACCUGCCCAUCGUUUCUGCGCCGCUACAUCACCUGCUGGAUGCCCCUGUGCCGUUCGUGAUGGGCAUCCAGCGCAGAGAAGGAGCUCAGCGGUCCGCUCUCCACCUACCACACGAGGCCAAUCUGUGCUUCGUGGACAUUGACAACCACUGCGUCGAAGCCCCCGAGGACCUUCCCUCGUUUCCAGACCAGACUGAGCUAAUCCAGGAACUGAGUGAGGUACUGCUGCGUUUUGGAGUCCCUCCACAGGGUGGUGUGAUCACCAAGCCCACCACCACCAGCACCCCCUCCCCUCGCAUGAGCAGCCUGGUCCUGGAGGAUCUGAUGGAGGACAGAAGGAACGGGAACCUCGGAGGUGAGGAGCUGGCGGUGCUGGAGAGGCUGCAGGCUUUGGCGCGGAGGUGCGGGGGAGGGAAAAUGUCAGAUGGCGGGAAGACGCUGGGACAUGAGUUUGAAGAGGAGGAGGAAGAGCUGAAGGCUGCUAAGCUGAACAUUCAGCUGAGGGAGGUGUUUGCUGGACGUUUUGCUGCCAUGUUUGGCAGGUAUGACGAGUUCGUCAUCCACAGUGCUCUGGACCUGGACUCCUGGUUGAGCAACCGAGAGGGGACGUUCAACUUUGACAAGGGUUCCUUCCUGUCAGUUCAGCCCACGACCCACUUGCGUUUCUUGUCUCGGUUCCUGGAGACAUCCAUGUUUUCUUCUUUUGUGGAUGGGAAAGUGAUAUCUCGCUGGGCGGAUAGAGAACCACUGCAGCAGCUGUUUGACAACCGUCUGGAGAAGGAACGACUGUAUGACACAGACAAGGACUCCUAUAACUGUCACUACAGGAAAUGCACCACACUCUUUGAGUCAGCCCAGGAAACUGAGCGCAGACUGCUGAAGGCCGACCACACAGCCAUACACCCCCACCUGCUGGACAUGAGGAUUGGCCAGGGUCGCCAUCAGCCGGGAUACUUCCCUAAGCUGCAGGCUGAUGUGCUUGCACAGGGACAAAACACCAACAAGUGGUCCAGUCGUGUGACAGCAUCACGCCGGACUGACCCCAAGAGAUCAAUGAUGUCAGAUCACUCAGGAGUGGACAAUGAACAGAGACAGAAGCACACAUUUGCGAGGAAGAACCUCCGUCAGUCCAAGCUACUCGACCCGUCGCCUCAAGCCGUCACUCAGACUCACCGAGAGUUUGUUGAUGGGCUGCUGAGUGAGUGUCGUCUGAAGACCAAACGGAUGCUGAUGGAGAGGAUGGGGAAGGAGAGUGUGGAUCUUGGUCAGGGAGAAGCCAACAUCACAGGCCUGCAGGAAAACACACUCAUCCACGGUCUGUGUGACCUACUGGAGAGAACCUGGGGCCAUGGUCUGCAGCUGAAACAGGGUAAGUCUGCUCUGUGGUCCCAUCUGCUUCACUACCAGGCAGCCCAGGGGAAGACGGAGGCACCAGCCGAAUCUCCAGGGUCUAACGCUUCAGACCAGAGAACGUUGGAUGAAGGCACUCAGCUCCUGAGAGGAUCCCUAGUACAGGAUAUGAGGUUUAUCCAGACCAUGAGUGAGUGUCUGUCAGAGGUGGGUCAGGCCCGGGCCUGGAUCCAUCUGGCUCUGGAGAAGAAAAUGCUUUCCCAUCACCUUAAAGAGCUGCUUACAAACCAGGAGCUGCUCAGGCAGCUGUAUAAACCUCAUGCAUUCCUGCUGUGUGAGGAAGAAAGGGAGCAGUUUUUGUUUCACCUGCUCUCUCUUAACACUGUGGACUACCUCUGCUUUACACGGGUCUUCACCUCCAUCAGUAUUCCAUACCGUGUUGUUAUUAUACCUAUGAAGAAGCUGAGCAUUGCAAUGGCAACAGUUAACCCCUGGGUGUGUGUGUCAGGAGAAAUGGGUGAUUCAGGAGUUAGACAGAUCCCGAAGAAUACACAAGAGAUUUUUUUCCAGUGUAAGAACCUGGGCAGGCUGAGCACUCUGCAGCUGGGACAGGAGAACUCUGGUUUGCUGGCCAAGUGUCUGAUUGACUGCGUGAUGGUGUACAACGAGAUCACUGGACACACCUACAAGUUCCCAUGUGGCCGAUGGCUGGGGAAAGGUGUGGGUGACGGCAGCUUGGAAAGAGUUCUCAUUGGUCAGCUGGUGUCACCUGGUGCUGAGGAGGAUGCUGGAAGGUGGACAGGGACUCCACCAGAGCUGGCCUCUCCUUCUCAGAGUGUACGGACAGUGCUGGGAUCUCUUGGCAGCCGAAGCAGAAUGCUGUCUGUUGAAGUACAAGAGGACAUGAGGGAGGCGGCAAAUAACCUUGUUAAACAUUUCCACAAAACCGAACAAGAGAGGGGAAACUUGACUGUCUUGUUAUGUGGUGAAGGAGGGUUGGUGCUGUCCUUGGAGAAGUUCCUCCUCCACAGCUUCAAAUCCAACCGUCUUUUCCAGAGGAAUGUAUUUGUUUGGGACUUUGUCGAGAAGGCAGUGGUUUCCAUGGAGACAGCUGAUCAGAUGGGUGACCUGCAUGGAUCAACACUGACAAAGGGUCCACCUUGUGACUCACUGUGCCACUAUGUCAAUGCCAUCAAUGCUUCACCCCGAAACAUCGGAAAAGAGGGCAAGUUCCAGCUGUUCGUCUGCUUGGGAAUCAGGGAUCGGUUUCUCCCUCAGUGGCUCCCCCUAUUGGCAGAAUGUCCUCUGACAGCACGGACAUACGAGGAAGGGGCUCUGCUGCGGGACCGUGCGGCUGUACACUCACUGUCUCGCAUCCUACACACACUCAAUGAGUUCACCAUCACCCUGGAGAUGGCACUGGUUAAAGGGGUUGACCUCUGACCCUGAGGGAUAAGAAUGGAGUUCAGCCCCCUGCUGUACAACCUACUGCAAGAAUGCUGACGGGUUCCAAUAUUCAUAUUUCCAUCUUGCGGGAAAGGGAAGUAUAUUCAGAGACUUGAGAAAGGUGACUUUAUCAUAUAAAAAAAAAGAAAGAACAGUGGACCAGAUGAAGUCACUGGCAACUCCAGCUCCAAACAUAUUGCCUUGUUCAACAAUGUAAAUGUCUUAGAUACUUUAUUUGCUUCAGGAAAUAGUGAGAUUUUUCCUAUGCUUGUUUACACUGUGAAAUUCUGUUUCCUUGAGGAGAAAUGGAGUCAUUCAUAAUCUCACAUCCACAGUAGAUAUUUUCACAGCUCACACCAUUUACCGUAUCUGACCCUAGGACAACUAUGACUCUCCUGCUACUGCUGUAUUGCUUGCACUUAAAUUUUAAACUAAGCACAUGCAUGGCCAAAAUCAGUUUCUUUGUUUGUUUGUUUAUGUCUUAGUGUGUUGUGAUCUGAAAUAUCAGGACUCAGGCCUUAUUAUAUAAACAUUUUUCUUGACAUCAUUCAUUGAAUAUCAUAAUAUCUUUAUAUAUAUAUAUUAUAUAUAUAUAUAUAUAUAUAUAUAUAUAUAUUGAAAGACAGAUAAUGUUCCCAAACUAUAAUAUGUUACAAAGUGUUAUAUUAUUAUGCUCUUGUUAUACUAUGUAAGGUCUGGCCUGUUUCUCCUUGCUUAUUUCAGUUUGGGAUCACAGGCUGAGCAGAAUUGUGCUCAUGAAGUCCUCCGUUGGUGAAACACUGAAACCAAACUGGUGUCCUAAUUGUGUCAGUUCAAAUAGUCUUUGCCACUGUCAGAAAGUUUUUUCCCCUCUCUCAUUGUAAAUAAUUUUGCUUCAUUAGAUCUUUGAUAGAAUUGUGGCCAUUUGUUAUUAAGGUAUAAUGAAUUUGUGGCAUUUUUCUGUAUAAAGGCAUCUUGUUUGUGUCUGUGUAAAACAAUAGACCCCAGUAUGGACACACUUUACUGAUUAUGUGGAUUAAUAGUCAUGCUGUUUGUUUCUAAACUGUUCAGUUGUCUUUGCAAAAAUCAGACAAUGAAUAGAGCACAGGUUCUUAAAAACGCUAGGUAUUCUGUUGAUGUCGCAUUUCAUUUAACAGUUGAAGAAUUGUGAAAAUGCUGUCUCCUGCACUCUCCUGCAAGCACUAUGUAACCCACAAUGACCAAGCCUCUAUUAUCAUUUAAAUACAGAUUAGAGAAAGCAAUAAUGAACUGUUAUUUAUGAAAUGUGUUGUCAAAGAUUAAAGUUAAUAUUGACAUAA